AACUGUCAGCGGUUCCCAAGCAGAUGGUGCUCACUUUUCUGACGUUUUCUCGGAGGACUGAUUGAAAGAUUCUCGGCCGUCAACAGCCAUCAAAAAACAGAACGGCAGAUGGAUACCCUGUCUUAUCCAAUAUCUUGCCAUCAAAUUCAUGCGAUCACUUCAAUAUCAUCUAUUGAAUAUUAGGCAACAACAAUGGUGUCGAAGAAAGCGCUAAUAGCCCUUGCGGCGUGCCCAACGGUGGCUGCAUUUGCCUUGAUCGGUGGAAGCAGCCGUCCUCUACUGCCAACGUCAGGAAGUAGGAGCGUCUUUCGUCGUUAUUGUUCCCACUCCAACAUUAUCUCUCCCUACUAUGCCAACACUGCAUCUGCAGGUGCUUCUGCAACAACAAGCCAGCUCUUGGAAAGCAUGCUAGCUGCUUCUCAAGAGUUAGAUGAACAUCAUCAGCAAAGCAAGGAUGAAAACCAGCAACUGCAAGAUCUUUGCAAACAGUUGGAUGUUGUGAUAGAACAGCCCGAUCUUUUGCGGUUGGAAUCCACACCCGACGAUGGAGUCCGAGGUGUCUACCUGAACCAUCCAGUCGAACAGGGUGAUUUGAUUCUCAAGAUUCCCCUGAGUUCCUGUCUACGAGAUGAUAAACCACCUGACUGGUGGACACGAAUGAAGCAGGAACAGCAAGAGGACACCGAUGGUGAUGAUGAAGAUAUGGAAUAUUCCUACAAUAACCCCAGUGAUGAAUGGGCUGCACGAUUGGCAGCUUCUGUUUUGGACUUGCAAUUAAGAAAGGAGGAUACAGAACAGCAAUCAAUACUGGAGGGAAAGCAAAUGUGGCUUUCCUUUCUUCCCGAUGGCAAUUAUCUUCGAGCCUCUUUGCCCAUUCACUGGUCCGAACCGGUCUUGCAUAGUGCCCGAUGCACGGCGUUGGAAUUGGCCGUGGACAGUGCCUAUUUUGCACGUGCCGAAGCCAUUCAGCAGUUGAUGCAGGGAUUGCAAUCGUUGGACUUGGGCAAGGAUAACUCCGAGCUGGAACGAAUGUGUCAGGACGCACUGGAUGUGGUUCAGACACGAUCCUGUCGUGCGCAACAACUACAAGAUGCUGAGGACAUGGCAAGAACGACAAAUCCACCAUUACGACUCCUGGCGCCCGUCUUUGAUCUUCUCAAUCAUGGAUCGUCCAAUAGUCAGGGAGGAGGAUGUGCCAAUGCUCAAUUUGGUGUCGAAGGGGGUGAGAAUCCGUUCCUUUGCGUACGGGCCACUCGAGAUGUCAAUGCCAAUGACGAAGUACUGAUUGAUUAUGGAGAUUCGGCCAAACCAGCAUGGAAGUGUUUGUUGUCGUAUGGAUUCGUACCACGCUAUUCUAUGCAUGGAGUGGAUGAUGAUGAUGACGACGAAGACGACGAUGAUGGCAUGGACGAAGAUGUAGCUGAAAUUUACGUUGCUGGCAGGCGGUAUGAGGUAGGGCCUUCGACCAUUCCUUAUGAAAUGGUGGCAGAACUAUCCAGCGACCCAGAACCUGAAUUGACGCCGGAAAUCGCCUUGAAGUUGGCAAAGCGAAUCUCGGAGGUAUCCUUUUACUUGCUGUUGGAUGAUCAGCAAAAGAAGAAUCGGGACAGCAAUGCUGUAGAUCUUCUUGACAGUGUGGAUAACGCAGAAGAAAUCAUUGCCUUGCGGGCCGCCAGUUCCUUGAGAUGGGCACAACACAGAAUCCUGCGAGCUUGUGGCAAAGGUUUGCAAGAGUGGGCCAAUCGGUAAACCUGAACGUAUUGGGAUUUGAUGUGAUGGAGGAGAGAAUCUGGGAGAACAUGGAGACAGAGAAAGUGUGAAAGUUGCUUGCAUCAAGUGUACAUAGUCUAUAUUAGUGGCAGAAGCAGGAUCGUUAACCAAGUAGCCUAACGUCCGUGUAGUUGAUGCUUUGUUUGAUGCUGCUUAGACUAGUCAACAGGAUGACAUGCGGGAGACUGCUGCCAAUGA